AUGGUUUACACCAUUUCAUAUGGAACAAAAGCAAUGAUGCCUAUUGAGUUUGAACAUAAAACUUUGAGAAUGACUAUUUCUUUAGAUAUGACACUUUCUGCAACACAAGAAGAAAGGAUCUUGUUGCUUAAUGCUCUGGAUCAAAUACGAAAAUCUGCCUUGCAGCAUACUGAAUCUGUUCAGAAUCAGUGCAUGAAAUGGCAUGAUUGCUAUGUCAGGGAUAAUUCAUUCAAGCAGGGUGAUUGGGCUCUUCUCUAUGAUUCUAGGUACAAAGAUAACUUAGGCAAAUUGCAGACCAGAUGGUUAGGCCCUUAUGAGAUAGUUGAGAGAUUUCCCAUUGGUGCUAUUAGAUUAUCUACCAUAGAUCCUAUUAAGUUUAAAUUGUUAGUUAAUGGUCAUCAGCUACGCCUAUAUUGUAAACCUCUGAGCAAAGAUGACUUCCUACAGCAGUUUUCCACUGCCCAGCAUGCCGAGAUUCCUGCAGCCACAUGA